GCCGCCCCGCCCCGCCCCGCGCCGCCCGCGCCGGUUCGGGCUCGGCUCCGGCUCUGCUCGCGCCGCGGGCGCGGGGCCAUGGCGCUACUGCGGGACGUGUCGCUGCGGGACCCGCGGGACCGCUUCGAGCUGCUGCAGCGCGUGGGCGCCGGCACCUACGGCGACGUGUACAAGGCCCGCGACACCGUCACGUCCGAGCUGGCGGCGGUCAAGAUCGUCAAGCUGGACCCAGGGGACGACAUCAGCUCGCUGCAGCAGGAGAUCACCAUCCUCCGCGAGUGUCGCCAUCCCAACGUGGUGGCCUACAUCGGCAGCUACCUCAGGAACGACCGCUUGUGGAUCUGCAUGGAGUUCUGUGGAGGGGGCUCCCUGCAGGAGAUCUACCACGCCACCGGGCCCCUGGAGGAGCGGCAGAUUGCCUACGUGUGUCGGGAGGCCCUGAAGGGGCUGCACCACCUGCAUUCUCAGGGCAAGAUCCACCGGGACAUCAAGGGCGCCAACCUUCUCCUGACCCUCCAGGGAGAUGUCAAGCUGGCUGACUUUGGGGUGUCAGGCGAGCUGACUGCAUCGGUGGCCAAGAGGCGUUCUUUCAUCGGCACUCCCUACUGGAUGGCCCCGGAGGUGGCUGCCGUGGAGCGCAAGGGUGGCUACAAUGAACUGUGUGACGUCUGGGCUCUGGGCAUCACCGCCAUCGAGCUGGGCGAGCUGCAGCCCCCCCUGUUCCACCUGCACCCCAUGAGGGCCCUGAUGCUCAUGUCUAAAAGCAGUUUCCAGCCGCCCAAGCUGAGGGACAAGGCGCGCUGGACCCAGAAUUUCCACCACUUCCUCAAGCUGGCCCUGACCAAGAACCCCAAAAAGAGGCCGGCGGCCGAGAAGCUUCUACAGCACCCCUUCACGAGCCAGCAGCUGCCUCGGGCUCUGCUCACACAGCUGCUAGACAAGGCCAGUGACCCCCACCUGGGCACCCCCUCCCCAGAAGACUGUGAGCUGGAGACGUAUGACGUCUUCCCCGACACCAUCCACCCCCACGGGCAACACGGCCCGGCUGAGAGGACCCCCUCGGAGAUCCAGUUUCACCAGGUGAAAUUUGGUGCCCCACGCAGGAAGGAAACGGAUCCUUUAAAUGAGCUGUGGGAGGAGGAAUGGACUCUGCUGGGGAAGGAGGAGCUGAGUGGGAGCCUGCUGCAGUCGGUCCAGGAGGCGCUGGAGGAAAGGAGCUUGACCAUUCAGCCGGCCCUGGCCCUCCAGAAACUGGACUCCCCAGAGGACGCCAUGGGGACCAUCAAGCGGGCCCCGUUCUUGGGGCCGGCCCCCACUGAGCCCCCUGCUGAAGACACACUGUCCAGCCCCCCAGGGACCCCACCUCUACCACCCAUGGGCAAGGAUAGCCCCCCACUUUUCCCCACUACCUGGGCCACCAUGAAGCACCGUGAGGAUCUUGAGAGGUCAUCCUGCCACGGGCUCCCCCCGACCCCCAAGGUGCAUAUGGGUGCUUGCUUCUCCAAGGUCUUCAACGGCUGUCCCCUUCGCAUCCACGCUGCCGUCACCUGGAUUCACCCUGUCACCAGGGACCAGUUCCUGCUGGUGGGGGCGGAGGAGGGCAUCUAUACCCUCAACCUGCACGAGCUGCAUGAGGACACUCUGGAGAAGCUGAUCUCACACCGCUGCUCCUGGCUGUACUGCGUGAACAACGUGCUGCUCUCGCUCUCAGGGAAGUCCACACACAUCUGGGCCCACGACCUCCCAGGCCUGUUGGAACAGCGGCGGCUACAACAGCAGGUGCCCCUGUCCAUCCCCACCAACCGCCUCACACAGCGCAUCAUCCCCAGACGCUUUGCCCUGUCCACCAAGAUCCCCGACACCAAAGGCUGCCUGCAGUGUCGCGUGGUGCGGAACCCCUACACCGGUAGCACCUUCCUGCUGGCCGCCCUGCCCGCCAGCCUGCUCCUGCUGCAGUGGUACGAGCCUCUACAGAAGUUCCUGCUGCUGAAGAAUUUCUCCAGCCCCCUGCCCAGCCCCGUGGGGCUGCUGGAGCCGCUGGUCCUGGACGGGAAGGAGCUCCCACAGGUGUGCGUGGGCGCCGAGGGGCCCGAGGGGCCCGGCUGCCGUGUCCUCUUCCACGUGCUGCCCCUGGAGGUCGGCCUCACGCCGGACGUGCUCACGGUGCCCGAAGGCCUCCCAGGCACGGCCCAGCAGGUGAUCCAAGUGGACAGGGACACCGUUCUUGUGUGCUUUGACCGCUGUGUAAGGAUUGUCAACCUGCUGGGCGAGCCCACAGCCACUCUGGCACCAGAGCUGACCUUCGACUUCCCCAUCGAGACUGUGGUGUGUCUGCAGGACAGCUUGCUGGCCUUCUGGAGCCAUGGUAUGCAGGGGCGCAGCCUGGACACCAACGAGGUGACCCAGGAGAUCACAGAUGAAACCAGGAUCUUCCGGGUGCUGGGGGCCCACAGGGACAUCAUCCUCGAGAGCAUUCCCACCGACAACCCCGGCGCCCACAGCAACCUCUACAUCCUCACGGGCCACCAGAACAGCCACUGAGCCCGGGGCCUCCCCCCGGCCUGGGCCGGCUCCCUUUCAGGCUCAUAUGAGAGGAGCCAGGGCCCCCUGCGCUGCUGAGGCCAAGGGCAGACUUACUCCUGAGAAGAGUUGGGUGUGGGGGUGGUGGAGGCUCACCCUCACCUCUGCAAUAACUGGACCAGAGGAAGCUGCUGUCGCCCAUCUCCCACCGGGGGUCCCCCAGACUGUCCAUUCCAGUUUGUUGUGCACUUCCUUCCCACACCUGGCCUGGGAACGUGGUAUUUAAGAGAGUUAUAUUGCUAUUAAAACGGGUUCGAUUUUACUCCACUGGCCCCUCUGGGGUGGGGGAGCAGCCUCGGCCACUUCCCUCCCUCCUGCUGGCAUUUCUGGGCACAGGGCAGGGGGCCACUUCAAGGGUGCUCCCUGCUCAGGCCCACCCAGCCCUCAGCUUGACGCAUGAAGCUUGGCACCUCGAGAGUCAUGCCGGUGGGAGGGGACAGUCACCCAGGGACCUCCUGCCCCAGGUAGGAAUCGACAAGAGGCUCCGCCGGCCUUGGGGAGACUGCCCCUCCCAUGUCUGGCACACUAUGGGACAUGCUGGGAGGACGGGGGGACAACUGACCCUCCCAUGUGUGCCUGCGUUCCCAGAGACCUCUCACUGCCAGAGAGGGACCUGUCCUGCUGAAGCCUGCAUUUCGGGGUCUGCAUCCCUGGACCGGAAUGCCCCAGGAAGCAGUGAGGCUGCUCCAGAUCAGAACCCAUGGACCUGUGAGGCUGGGGAAGCAGGAAGGUGGCCUGCAGGGAGGAGGGGGCAUGUUGGGAGUCAGAAGUGACGACCGAGGGGGGCAGGGAGGUCCAUCGCCUCACCCGUGUCCCAGGCAGGCGUGUGAGUCAGACUUUCACACGUGGCAAGCCGGGGAUAAAUAUUUAAUAAUUGAACUCCAGGGCGAGUGGGAGGGUGUGGGCAGCUAGCGGCACUGCGAGAAACCUACAGUGGUCCCAGAGCUCCAGAGCUGGCAGCUUGCGCCUUCCACACAUCCCUGCCAAGAAUGGGAUCAGAACCCGCCCCUGGGCACAGACUUGCCUGCCUACCACCCCCACCUGCAGGUCCAGUGGAGCCUGGCCAGAGGGCAUUCUGUGGGCCAGGUGGGGUGGCAAGGAAGGGGGUGGUGGGGGGAGAGGAAGUGAGCCCCUUCUGCAGAGACCCCCCCCCCACACACACACACACACCCCUUCCCACCAUAGAGCAGUAAGCUGCAGACAGCACCCUCUUGUGGCCGGUAAAUGCAGUCCUUGACAGCCAGCCACUGAGCCUGGAAAGGGGGUGCUGAGGGUGCCAGGGUGUCACUAUGCCAAAGUAAGGGGCCUGGGAAUAGCCAGGGCCGCUGGGUAAAUUAUUUGCCACCAGCAAACGCUGACCAUAAGCCAAAGCAAGACCAGGAAGUGGGGAUGGAAGCUGGAAGAGUGAAAUUGAUCAUUUAAUUUCUGUAUUUUUAAACAGGCAGUCAUUGCCUACCUAUGCAGGGUUUUUUAUAUAGAUACAUAGGGAGAGUGGAUGCAGUGAGAAGUCUCCCACCCAAUGCCGAGCAAUGCGGGCGACCUUCUGGAGUAUUCCUGCAUAUCCCGCUAGCUCCCCCCCACACACACACACACACGCACGUGAGCGUGCACACACAGACAUUACACAUGCUGACAUACUCCACGCACCAUUCUGACUUUCACCUUGUAAGUUAUUUGCUUCUGGUGUUAAUCGCUGCAUAAUUCUGCUCCCGGCCAACUGUCUUUGUUAAUUUUUACUUUAUUAUUUCUUUACUUAUCUCAGCUCUGGCUUAUGGUGGUGCUAGGGACCUUUGUUGCUUCGGUCAUGAAAUAACCACUGUGCUUUCUCCCCACCCCUCUGUUUUAUUCUUUUUUUUUUUUUUUAAGAAGAGAGGAGGAAUAGAGACGCUACAUCUCUCCUCUGCUCGUGGAGAGUCCCCAGGCAGAUGCUCAUAUGUGUGCUGGCCGGGGGCUCAAACCAGGGUCCUCGGGGCUGGUAAAGUGUGCACUCUACCGGGUGAACCAGCUCCCAACCUCUGUGAUUUGGGUUUUUUUGUUUGUUUGUUUGUUUGUUUUUGCCUCCAGGGUAAUCACUGGGGCUCAGUGCCUGCACUAUGAAUCCACUGCUCCUGGCAGCCAUGUUUUCCAUUUUAUUGACUAGGACAGAGAGAAAUUGAGAGUGGGAGGGGGAGAGAGGCACCUGCAGACCUGCUCCACUGCUCAUGAAGCAUCCGCCCUGUGGGUGGGGAGCCGGGGGCUCGAACCAAGAUCCUUGAGUUGGUCUUUGCGCUUUAUAUCAUUUGAGCUUAAUCCACUGCACUACUACCAACCCCCCUUUUUCCCCCUCUUUUUUAUUAUCUUUAUUUAUCGGAUAGAGACAGUCAGAAAUCGAAAGGGGAGAAAGAUACAGAGGGACAGAGACAGAGACACCUGCAGAACUGCUUUCAUGAAGCUCCCUCUGCAGGUAGGGGCGAGGGGCUUGAACCUGGGUCCUUGUGCAUUGUAACGUGCACUUAACCAGGUGCGCCACCACCUGGCCUCCCAGAUCACCUCUCUAAGCUGAUCUUCUGGGCACCCUGGGAUCUUCGGGGGACAGUCAGGAGGUGUUUCUGCUGGGUGUUGGUGUGUGGAGGGGGGGACAGGCCAGUCACCCCGACUGUCACUGCCUGGCGUGCAAUAGGCCCUUGGCAGUGAAAGGGUGGGUGUGACGUGGCAGGUCCCAGGGCUGUCCCAGCAUACCUUGCUAUUUUUCUGGGUAUAUACCCUGCAAGUCUGCCUGCGGGGCUUGGGGACGGGGGCCAGGAGUACUGUCACAUAAGGGCCAGAUUUAUACUGGAGCGAGACCAAGCGUGCUGUAAAGGUGUUGGCACCUUGGUUCUGGGAUCUUGCACAGACCCUCCCCCAGGAGGGUCAGGCCGGGUCUGGGCUAGACGGGACGUCAGGACACGGAGUGUGAAUUUACUGAGAGCACUGCAAUGGCUUGAGACGCAGCCACCACGAGCUACGGUCUCUCCUGGGCGAUGACCAGCAGAGGCCAGAAGGCCAGGGCUCCGUCGGGGGCUCUGGGCAGCCCCCUCCCUGCACUUGCUCACGAUCUUCCGCUGCCCCUUUUCCAGAACAAUUAGCUGAUGAUACGCAGAAGGCGUCAUGUGCGUCUCUGACGUUCACACAGGCUUGUCCCCCAAGAAGCCAACUGAGUCUUGUCCCCAGCACCCCAAAAGUCUGUCCUCCCAGCACGGACAGGGAUCUGCCCGCUGUCGCUGCAGAUGACUUUGGACUUGUCAGAACUCUCAGAAUGGCCACCGCUGUCCUGCCCAGAGUUCGUCCUCUUGGCGUGACUCCUCACCUGCAGCUUGGGCACAUCGCGGCCUGGGCCCCUGGUGUCCCUAUGACCGAGAGUUCCAUCCUGUACACUGCGACCUGUCCAGCCGGGUGUCUGGGCCAUCUCUGUCUGUGCACAAUGACAAAUAAAGCCAAUGUGGAGACUG